AUGAAGAGGCAUUACGAUGAACCAAAUCCUUUCUUACCAGACAUCAAGAGGACCAUGGAGAAAGUUCCGGAUGCCGGCCAGAAACAGAUUGUGCGGUAUGUUUUCGUUCUGAACAGUGAGUACCUAUUCUUCGAAGUGUCUAUUUAUCUUCUAUUUCAAGGUUCAAGCGCAAUUUUGUAUCUUUGGAUGCGUAUACUAGGCACAAAAUGAUGGUAAACACAUACUUGCUCAAUGUAAAAGGAGCAACAAAUACAUUACAAAGAGAUAGUUCGAAAGACAAAGGAGUGUACGAUGUCGUAAAGGUAGUUAUUUCAAUGUUUAUUUUGGAAUUUAGCUGUCAUGCAAGUUGUAAUUUCCUACUUCUGCAGGAAAAUCAUCGGUUUCUCUGGGGCGAUGAAGAUCUCACUGAUGUGGCUAAAAACUGGGACAAACAGCUGGCAAAGAGGUACUACGACAAGUUGUACAAGGAGUACUGCAUCGCUGAUCUCUCCAAAUUUGAGAAGAAUAAGAUUGGGCUUCGAUGGAGAACAGAGAAGGAAGUUGUUAAUGGGAAAGGUCAAUUUGAAUGUGGUGGGAAACACUGCGAGAAGAAAAAGAAGUUAACGAGCUGGGAGGUUAAUUUUGCCUAUGAGGAACAUGGAGAGAAGAAGAAUGCAUUGGUCAAGGUCAGGUUGUGCCCAGAAUGCUCUCUGAAAUUGAAUUUCUUUUCUAAAAAAAAGAAGAUUAAGAAAGAAAAGGAGAAACGGAAGAAGAAGCACAAGAAGAGGAGGCGAGAAUCUUCAUCAGAGUCAACUUCAGAAGCCGAAGAACCAAGUUCGAGCCAAGCGAAAAUAAAAGAAGAGGUUGAUGACAUCAGGAAAGGAGAACAUCAAAAUAAGAAAGUCGACGACGAAGCCGAAGAGAUCUGGUCGAAGCCGGUGUCUGUAAAUGAAGAAGAGCCGAGUGUGGAGGAUGACAUGGAAAGCUUCUUCGAUGAUUUGUUGUUAUAA